AUGCAGCCAGGAUCUCUGACUGCCGGAAAUUCUCUUGUGUCAGCAUCAUUUUCAUCGGCCUGCAUCCGCACCUUCGGAAGCUGCACCUUCACCUUUCACUCUCACUGCCUGCCUUUCAUCUGCCUUUCACCUUCAGUUUGUGUCCGAAUAUUUGAUCUGCGCUUCUACCGAGUUCGACCCGCCAUCCGAAACGCACCCGACCCACAGAACAAGCUCGACCAACCGUCUAAAACACAACUCAACAGAACGAGUUCCACCUUAUGUCUCAUCCACGCUACCCGACCUAUGGAACGAUUCCAGCCCGCCACCCGAAGCGCAUCCGACCCCCAGACCGAGUCCGGCCCGCCACCCGAAACGCGACCCGACGCACAGACCGAGUCCGGCCCGCCACCCGAAACGCGACCCGACGCACAGACCGAGUCCGGCCCGCCACCCGAAACGCGACAGACCCGCAGACCGAGUCCGACCCGCCACCCGAAACGCAACCCGACCCACAGACCGAGUCCGGCCCGCCACCCGAAACGCAACCCGACCCACAGACCGAGUCCGGCCCGCCACCCGAAACGCGGUCCGACCCAUGGAACAAGUCCGGCCCGCCACCCGAAGCGCAUCCGACCCCCAGACCGAGUCCGGCCCGCCACCCGAAACGCGACCCGACCCGCAGACCGAGUGCGUAACCCGGCUCUAAUGCUGCCAGCGCCGGAGCACCUUAACGACCCGACCGCUGAUCGCCCCACAGCUUCUUUUAUUUCUGCCAUAAAGAAACGGCGGCAAGACAUCACGGCAAGACAAGUACACGAUUCAGGCAACGGCGGCGCCCUCGCAGACGAAGGGGAAGGAGGCGGGAGGAUGGAAUGGCGGAGGAGAUGA